GUCAACUGAACGCGGGAGCCCGGUAGCUUUUCGUCAGCUCGACCGAAACGUCUUCAAGCUUUCCGAUAGCAGAAAAUAACGAAGUUCUGUCAGAAAACGCACCGGAGGACCUAACGGAGUCAUCUCCAUGGAACCCGCCUGGCGACAGCAGGGCAGAGGCCGCGGGCGAGGUCAGAGUCGAGGUCAGACUCCCAGUGACGUGUCAGCAUGUCGACCCCGGACCGACAAUAGAGGGAUGAGAGAGGGGCAGGACAGGGGCAGUUCUGCUGUAACCAUGGUACCCAAAGCACAAUCUCCACCCAGGCAAGCCACGUCUCCUCAGUCAAGAUUUGACGCGAUCAGGAGGUCCAAUCAGGCUGCAGCUCAGCGUCUGGCUGAGAAACAGUACAGCUCUUCCUCUGAAGAUGAUGAUGAUGCUGAUGACGAUAACGCUGGGCUCGUCAAGCGAGGCCGGAUCCUGGAGUCGACCUUCACCACCUAUGCUAGCCAGACGGGAGGAGACGUGUCAGAUUUGGAGCACACUCGUCAGUACCUGAACGAGGCAUUUCAGUCUGGAGCUGUUACCUGCCUUAUCUGUAUUGCCUCCGUCAAGAGAACACAAGCGGUGUGGAGCUGUGUUGGAUGCUACUGUAUCUUCCACAUCCCCUGUAUUCAGAAAUGGGCUAAAGACUCCAUCUUUCUGGUCUCCUCGGCAACAGACGAGGAUUUUGGGAAUAAAAACCACCCCUGGCCAUGUCCUAAGUGUAGGUAUGAGUAUUCUUCUCAGCAGACACCAACUCGUUACUACUGUUACUGUGGGAAGGAGGCGGACCCUGUGCCAGACCCUUGGCUCCUCCCACACUCCUGUGGCCAGGUGUGUGACAGAGACUUCAAACCGCCCUGCGGACACCGCUGUCUGCUGCUCUGCCAUCCAGGUCCUUGUCCUCCAUGUCCUAAGAUGGUGAGUGUGUCGUGUGUGUGUGGGAAGGCGGCCCCUGUGCCCCGCCGCUGCAGUAAUAAAGCCUGGACAUGUGGGAAGAUCUGUAACCGCACCCUUCCCUGCAGGACACACACCUGUACACACACCUGCCAUGCAGGUAUGUGUGAGCCGUGUCCUAGAGUGAGUAGGCAGAAGUGUGUGUGUGGCAGGAAACAGGCAGAGCGCCAGUGUGCCAGUCCAGUCUGGCACUGUGACCAGGUGUGUGGCCGUCCAUUGACAUGCGGGAAUCACACGUGUGAGCGUGUGUGUCAUACAGAUGUGUGUGGGGAGUGUCCCCGCGCAGUGAACCGGACCUGCCCCUGUGGCAAAAGCAAGUGUGCAUUGCCUUGCACUGUUGACGUUCCUACCUGUGGGGACACCUGUGAUAAGAAGCUGGACUGUGGUUUACACACCUGUUCCAUGCGCUGCCACAGAGGACCCUGUGAAACCUGCAGACAGGAGGUAGAGAAGCACUGUCGUUGUGGACGGUACAGCAAGUCUAUGCCAUGCCAUAAGGAGUAUCUGUGUGAGAACAAGUGCAGCCAGACACGCAACUGUAACAGACAUCAGUGCAGAAGAAAGUGUUGCCCUGGUAAAUGUCCACCGUGCGAUCUGAGCUGUGGCAGAACCCUGGGCUGCAGGAACCACAAAUGUCCCUCGGUGUGUCAUCCAGGGAGUUGUUACCCCUGUCCUGAGGUGGUGCAGGUAAAGUGUGCUUGUGGUUCCACAUCUCUGAGUGUUCCCUGUGGGAGAGAGAAGAGCACCAAACCCCCACGGUGUAGAGAACUGUGCAGUAAGCCCCCUUCGUGCCACCACUCCUCUCGUGAGCACCACAGGUGCCACUUUGGCUCCUGCCCACCCUGUAAGCAGGAGUGCCAGCUGCCCCUGCCUGCCUGCACACACCUGUGCCCCCAGCCCUGCCACGACCAGGUGCUCCUCAAAGCCCACCCCCAGGGUCAGUUAGCUGGUCCAUGGGAGCAGCCAUCAGCUCCAGCGUUUGAAUGCAAGGCUUUACCCUGCCCUCCCUGUCAGGUCCCUAUACCCACGGCCUGUCUUGGGAAACAUGAGGUGAGUCCUGUCCUCUGUCAUGUGCGUGGCCCGUUCUCAUGUGGCAGGCCGUGUGGGCGAUCUUUGACCUGUGGUAACCAUACCUGCAGCCUGGAGUGCCACACUGUGACCCCUGACCCUAGCAGUGAAAAGAAAGAGGCUGGAAAGGAGUGUGAACAGUGUGAAGAGAGUUGCUCUAAGCCCCGCCCUGCUGGGUGUCCCCACGCGUGUGCCCUGCCCUGUCACCGUGGCAACUGCCCGCCCUGCACCCAGAUGAUCAGGCAGCGCUGCCACUGCAAAAUCACCACCCUGUACAUCGAGUGCCUGAAAUUGACCUCUGCUGAUGACGAGGGUAAGAAGUGGCUCAUCUCCUGUAAAAACCAGUGUCCUAAGCAGCUGAAAUGUGGUCAUCGCUGUAAGGAGCAGUGCCAUGAGGGGGAGUGUGCAGACACCUGCAACCAGAGAGUCAAAGUGAAGUGUCCAUGCAAGAGGAUCAAAAAGGAAUUUUCGUGUUCUCGUGCACGGCAGGAAGAGGAUUUGGUGCUGUGUGAUGAUACCUGUAGAGAAUUACAGAGAAAACAUACUGAGGCUCGAGAGGCAGAGGAGCGAGCAAUAAAAGAAGAAGAAAUGAAAAAGCAUCAGGCAGAGCUGGAGGCCUUUGAGAAGCGUCAGAAGGGAAAAAGGAAGAAGAACAGACGUAACACAGAGGUGGAACCAGAGGAAGGGGCUUGGCUUAAGUACAGGAAGUACCUCCUUGUGCCCGUCUGUGGUGCACUAUUGGCUGUGGGAGCCUUCUAUCUGCUGCAGACCAUGUAGAGAACCAAGAGAGGACACUGGAUUAAUCCACACUAACCUCUCUAUUCACCAUGCUGCUGCUCUAAUACACCUGCAAAUACACACACAGACAAACACACACGCAUGUCUUGUAAUGCCUGCAGUUUUGGACAGACCUGAGGUCUAGGUCUGGUGGUGUUCAUUGUGGUUUUAGAGAGUGCAAUGCUCUUUGUAUAGUGUGGCGCACACCUGGCUCACCAAGGCCUUCGUGAGCUGGAUCAUGUGCGUUUGGGGAAAACUCACCCCUCACACGCGGUCCUGAGAGCCGCAGACUAAAUCCGGUCCAGGUUUUUGUAAUCCCGGAACAGACCAUUGAACUGCUUGGCCCCGGUCCAUCAUGGCUGACACCAAAGGUAAAAAGAGGCUGAUCUGAAAGAACUGCCCCUCGGGGGACAUGGAGCAAGUGUGAGGCCUUGUAACCCUGCCCCACCCUGGAGAAGACCUGAAGGAGGUGGACCCUGCAAAGACGUGCGCACACAACGCCAGCAACAUGCCGCACAGCUGCGGCACCGAGCCGGGGAGGCGGAACCUUCCACAGUCACGCGACUUCUUCCGGAUUCGGUUCGGUUCGGGUCUGACUGGUGACGUUGGAUUCUCCGCUUCUUGUUGCUUGCCAAACCAGAAUUUGAUUAAACAAUACAUAAGAAUUAUAGUUCGUUAUAUAAACUAAUAAACGCGUAACUUUUAUAGGGCAGUUGACUUCUGUUCAAGUACAAAUGCGAUGUAUACAUUUAAAGUUUAUACAGCUCCUUUCAUGUUCAGUCUUCCUGAGGUACUUUGUUUUGUUUUUUGGGAAAGAUUAUUUCAAGACAAAUGUACUUUUCCCUUAAUACCAAGAGUUGUAUAAUGUUUGCAGGAUAAGCAAGUUUGAACUCGUUAAUAAAGCCGUUUAGUUAAAGGUG